AUGGCCGACCUAGGUCUUUUUGAAGAGGCAACAGCCAGUCGACGAUCACGGCCCACAGGAGCUCCGAGCCACCGACGAAAUCUCCACGGAAAAUCGCGUGAACCAUGUCUUUCAAAAAGCGUACAUCAUCGAUCGGCUUCCCCCGAGCUGAUCCACCAGAUCUUGUCAUAUCUUUCCGCACGAGAUCUUGCAAACGUAUCGGCAACGUGCCGCGUACUUGCUGAGCAUGGCUCCGAUGAUGGCCACUGGUCCUGUCUCGUGAACUCACAUCUUCCUGCUGCCAUCAGUGACCCUGGUCCGUUUCCUUCGUUUCGUCGGCUCUACCUUGCGCAUCAGCCAUAUUGGUUUAUUCCUCAGAACAAGAUUUGGAUCUCGGAUACCGACGCAGUUGGCGGUCUGAUUUUGGCAAGAUACGACCACCGACGGGGUGUCAUAGAGGCGUAUCGUCUUGUUGCAGAACGUCCUAGGCCUGGGUUCCACCUUUGGACCGGCAGACCGGAUGUGAUGAUUCUAUCAUUUGAUCCUGCAGUUAGCUUAUGGUUGGAUGCACCUGUGCUUUUUCUCAAGGACGAGAGACCUUCGGAUGCUGUCACGGCCUGUCAGACAUGGGACCCAGAUCGACGAAUGCCUAUGGUGGGUGAGGAGCGAAGAGUGAUCAGCUCCCUCAUGCUCUGCCCCAAAGAGUCAACAGAAUCAGAGGCGCAAGUCGACCCGUCCCGUUUCUGGCCCUCACACCUCAUCCCCGCUUCUGAGCAUCUUUCCCGUGCCACGCAUUCGACAGUCCCCAAGCUACCGAGCUGCUUAUCUCGAACAUCCACCGCCGGGUUCCGCGUCAAGCGGUGGGCGAAAUUUCGACUCAUCCCAACCGAUUCCGUCUCGAUCUCUACCUAUGCCACCAUCAAUCCGGAACUGUACACACCCACCGCGGAGAAGCCAUAUCAGGGCAUCUGGGUGGGCGACUAUUCCGCUCAUGGGUGCGAGUUCCUCUUGAUUUACCAAGAACUCCAGCCUGCUCUUCCCUAUGUUGGGUCCGACACAGACAGCGACGUGUUUACCAUGCGAAACACCCUGAGAGCUGUCAAGUUGACGGGCGAUCCCAACGUGCCGCGCGGAGAACUCACCUUUUGCGCAAAUGAUAUCGGACCGCGGGGAUUGAUCCGAAUCGCAGAUGAAGAACCAUUUGCCGGAGCCCGUAUUGUGCGAAGCUUUGGACAGGUUGCUGGGAUCAAUUUUCGUAAUGCCUCGUACACGGCGUCGCAGCUUAUCUUGAUUUCGACAAACUACAUUGCUCACUUUUGGCAAGAAAUGGGCCAUGUUUCGUACCUUCGUCGCGUGGAUAUUGACGCGCUUUUGAAGAUCUGA